AUGUUUGCUGAGACUGGAGAAGCAUUAGUCUCCUCAGUUGACAAAAUUGUAAUUGUCAACUCUCCAGGUGUUGGCAGAAUGAUAAUGAGAAAAGCCGCUGACACAUUGAUACUCGUGAUACUUGUGCUUGGUGGAAAGGAUUUGUUUAUUGUCUAUGAAGCCGUCGAUGUGGCUCACCAAAUAUCAGGAGCUGCUUUACAAUCUAGUGUACAAAACUGUGCAGGAGCUAAAAGAUUUUAUUCCCACAAAGACAUAUACGCUUCAUUUGUAGUUGCGGUUUUUAAGAUUGUUAAAUCUGUCUCAGCUGGUCCUCCACAACUUGGAAAAUACGACAUGGGUGUGAUUUGCAUGCAAGACCAUUCUGAAAGGUUUCAAAGCUUAAUAAACGAUGCAUUGGAUAAAGGAGCUGAAAUUGUUGGAGGUGGAAAUGUGAGAGAUAUUAGUGAAGGUGCUGUUGACCAAUACUUCCCACCUACUGUUAUUGUAAAUGUCAACCAUCAAAUGAAAUUGAUGCAAGAGGAAUUACCAUGCAAAAACUGUGAUAAAUAUGGGUGCAUUACUUCUGCAGAGACUGUUAUGUUAGAGAAGAAAAGCGUGGAUGAGUUUUUAUCCAAUAUAAACAAUGGCAGAAAUGUUAUCAUCUCACUUUCACUUUAA